AUGGCCACCGCGACAGCUGUGGUUCAAAGUCUCGGCGCCAUGGUGUUCCUUUCAGACUAUUUAGGCGUGGAUGGCUUGCUGGACACCUUGUCCUACACCAAUGCCGUGACCUUGGCGCGCAUCGCUUGCACCAGCUGCAUGGGAGCCGUGGCGGCCCACGAGGCGCAGCAGCGGCCUGCACUCUGUGUGGUCAAGGGGAACCUCGAGACGGUGAAGGCUGAGCUGCGCGAGCAGCUGGCGGCCAAACCCACGGUGGUCUUCGUGCAAUACUCCUUGGGACACAAUGAGGAUGAGGACGAAUUUGAAGCCGAACUCGCCAACUUUAUGGACCAAAAGCUGCCACCAAGCACCCAGGUGUUGGGUGGCAGUACCAUGUCACUUCAAUGCGCCUGGUUCCCCAAAAAUGCAGCCAACAGCAAGGGCGUUGCACGCCAGACUACGUUAGAUUGUCGCAACCGCUUCGAGCGAUGCGAAGUGGCUCUCCUGGCAGCGACGUUUCCCGAGGCCAAGGCCAGGGCCUAUCACGUGAUGCCCAAAGGCGCUGCCAAAAACAACACCUCCGAAAGCGACGAGGAGUACUCGUACUCUGACAUGGAAGAUGAAGAUGAGGAAAAUCUGCUCCCGGAUGAGACUCAGGCAAAGGGAGGUUACGGCCAAACGACGAAAGGAGGUCCACCGGCUGCAAAGACGUCUUCAGAGGAUCAACUGAACGAGCUGCUGAACCUGGAGCCUGCUCCAAAAGUGGUGGUGGUCUACGACGCGGAUCGCGGCUCAACCACCGCAAGGGUCAUCUCCAAAAUCCAGGAAGCCUAUCCAGAGGCCGCUAUCGUUGGCGGCGUGGUCAUGGGCCGGCGCGUUGUGGCGAAACGGGGCCAGGGCGCCUUGUCGAAUGGACGGGGCGUAGGGGCCCUCGCGAUCUCCGGCAACGCGCCGUUGUUCGCCAUGACGUGUCCCUUCACGGGCUGCGUGAAAACGGCUGAGAAAACCGUGGCAACCUGCAUGAAGAGCGCGGCUGAGAUGGCCGCGGAGAAGUGCCAGUCGAUCCUGGGGGCGCUGUUGUUCACUUGCAACGCGCGGGGGUCGCACAUGUUUGGCCGUGACGCCAAGGAUGCCGCUUUGUUUAAGGCACAGUUCCCCCGUGCUCCUCUGAUGGGUUUCUAUGCCGCCGGGGAGAUCGGGCCACAGGUGGAGGAUGGUGCCGAACAUGCCUUCCUUCGAGGCAACGCCUGUCUUCAGGGCUUCACUGCAGUCUUUGGCCUCUUUUUGGUGCCCAGCAAACACAUGCCCUCUGCAGCAUUUCAGCGUGCCAUGCUCCAUGGUGAGGUGCAAGAAGCUUUUGCAGACACCCGAUGA